AUGUUCUUUAUUUUUCUUUUAUUUUUUUAUUACUCUCCUUUACUUUGUCCUCUUCCUCCUCCUUACUCUCCCUUGGGCCUCAUUCAUAAUUUUAACUCAGACUUUUUUUCCUCACGCACGUUUUCUCUUUACUCUCCUUUCCUCCUUGCACUCUUUCUCCUUACUCUUCUUUAUUCCAUAUUCUCAUUGUUUUUACAAUUAUUUUCUCAUCACUCUCUAUUUAUCCUUACAUUUUUCGUAUCAAUCUCUCUUUCUCCUUAUUCUGUACUUCUCCUUCAGCAUCUCUUCUCCUUACUCCCUUUCUCUUUACUCUCUUUUUCUACUCAUUCUCUAUUUACGUUACUAUUCUCUUCUCUCUACUCGUCUCUUAUCUUUUCCUUACUCUCUAUUUCUCUACACACUCUUUCUCUCCUGACUCUCUCUGCUCGACACUCCACAUUUCCAUUACACUCUUUUUACUCCUGUCUUUUUGACUCAUUCAACUCUCUAAUUUUCUCUGGGGCUCUUUUCUUUACUCUCCGUUUUCGUCUUACUCUCCAUUUUUUUCAUUUUCCUCUCUUCCUUACCCACCUUACUCUCCCAUUCUUUUUACUCUUCCUUUCUCUUUAA